UAAACCAGACUAGUAACAUGCGCGAACAUAAUUGUAAAUUCAAUAUGCAUAUAUGUGUAAUCAUUCAGUUGAAGCAAUCAAACCAUUAAGUAACAACACCAGGUACAUUACUGGUUUAGUAGGCUAACUGAAGAUCGUGUCAAGAUGGGUGACGACAAUGUUGCUGUUCUCAGUCAAGUACGAAAAGAAGUUAUAGAAUUACGCCAAUUAGGCGAACAGUGGGGCCUGUCACAAACAGAAAUUAAUUCUUGCAUUGACACCGCUCUUAAUACGAAACUAGAAACCGCAAGCAAAGAAAUAAUAGCCAAGAAAAUGCAGUCAGAAAAGAAAUGGGGCACAAUUCGGUUUGUUUUCCGGGUAUGGCUGGCAAUCGUUAUUUUCAUAUCAGGAUUCACGGUAAUGCUAACCCAGAUAGAAUACCUAUCAGAUGUUUACAGACUGUUAGACCCUUAUCGUUAUGAUUUUUUGGGAAUGGUAAGAUUGCUUUCUCUGCCACUUCAUGAAAGACACAACAUAAGUUCAUACCAUAAUGAAGUAUGUCUGAUUGAAAAUCCAUACUUUGAGGAAGAAGAGGAAGCUGAUUGUUUAUUCUGUGACAGAAUUGAGUCACAUAAUUAGACCGUGAUAUUUUCCUUCAGCAGAUUUUA